AUGCCAACCUCGCCGCCGUACCUGCGCGGCUACCCGGCCGAGCAAAGACGUGACGCCUGGCUACAGUGGGCAUUUGAAAACAUUAGCCCAGUCUUUGAGCGCUUCCCCGGAGAACGCGCUUACGUCGUUUUCCAGUUGGAAAAUCUCGAGUGGAUAGGAAACUGCGGCCUUCCUCCCGCCAACAGCGACUCGGACGCCUGGUGUCGCCUCAAGCAAACCUGGGGUCCCUCAGAGCCGCCUCCCAAGGGAACCAUUCCCUCAGUGGCUGACUGCGAGGUCGUGCGUCUUUUGAACAAGGGCUACGUUCACGAGUACAUCGAGCUGAACCUGAGGAAGCACGGCUGGGAUCCCUACAAGUGCUGCGAUCCCUCUGUCAAAGUCGAGCAGAAGAGACUCAACGCUCCUUCCCCGGCGAAACCUUCUUCCUCGGCGGCGGCGACUCCUGCUUCGACUGGUAAGCCGUCUGGAAGCACGUUCGGCGGAGAGAAGGACUUUGGUGGACAGGGUUGUCUCUUCGGGCAGCCCGAAACCCCAAGCCUGAAUAAAUCAACAGCCUUCAACACGUCUGUCUCUGAAUGGGGGGUUUCUGGAAUUCAGAAUGCUAGAGGAGGCUCCGCCGAGAAUCAAACGAAGCAUGAUGCCUCUCCUGGACGUCAAACCGGCAACCCAAUGGUCGGGAAACACAACACUCCGCCUCGAGGGGUACCUUCGUCUUCCAAGCCUGUUGUCAGCAGCGGGAUUCCCGUCGAUGGCAGCAAAGGUAGUGUUGGCGCCCGUGUCAUCACGAACCCACCGCGUGCAGAUAAUCCGUCCAAUGCUGUCCAGGAUCCUGCCCCAUCAUGCGAUGAGCUGGGAGGAGACUCAUUUGGAAGACAUCCCCGCGGUGUUCCUCUGGCAAACGACUCGACUCCGCAGAAUGUGAAACGGAACCUCCAGCCUCAUAACAGCCAGUCGCGGCCGGUGGCCGAGAAGGAUAGUAAGACACAGUCUCCAGCCAGCGCGAAUCUUCAAGCAACAGUCACACCGAAGGAAGAGCACCUUCAUGCGAAUGAUGAUCUACACAAGAACAAUAUCGAGAGAAUGUCGGCCAAACUUUUCAAGAGUUCUCGCCCAACUCUGCAUGCUUACCUCCGUGACGAGAUUGAGGCCAUGUCGAAAACCGUUGUGGGCAACAUGAGAAAGCGCACUGUUGAGGUGCUCGGCCGUCAAUCAAACUCUCAUCUCGGAUUCGCUACUCUUCGAGACGUCGAAGACCUUACGCUCGUAAUGAUGGAAGCUGAGAUAAACUCGGUGAGGAAAGCUGCCUUGGAACAGAUUGACAAGCUCAACAAGCAGGGCUCAGAUGUCCCGAUCAAGCGCGAAGCUAGCGAGUUCGAGGAAGAAGGAGUCGCUGAACAUGCUCGAGAAGCCAAGCGCCAGCGCACCUCCAACAGUGCCAACUCGCAGGAUUGUGUUCAGUCAUGA